UCUACCCGGUCGAGCGAGUGCAAUUCUCGGUGGUGGCAAGUCGAGUCCCGUAGAAGGACGAGAACGCGACACUCGAAGGAGGAGGAGGGAACGUACUGUCACUCAAUGCUGCUUCUAAAGACCUAGCAAAUUCUACACUCUAAUUCAUAGUUGCUGCAAAUUCUUCUUUCUUUAACCCUCCAAUUCCUCUCAGUUCUGUUUAAAUCACUCCCUCUCAAUUGCAAGAGUGAGAGGUCUGCUCUAGGUUGCUCGCAGAACCUUUGGGUUAGCGUUACUUCAUUGAACCCUAGAGUUAGAAUCAUAGUAUAAGCGUUUUAGACUCGGAAUCGUUCCUCUCUCAUAAAAUUGAACUAGGGUUCGAGUCUUUUUUGAUUUCCCUCUCACUUAUACAGUACCAAAAUGAGUCCUGUUCAGAAUUUCGAACAACAUUCUCGUCAUCUCGUGGAGCCCGACAUCCCUAUUCCAGGGAGGCUGCAGAUGGUGAUGGAGGUUAGGGACAGUCUAGAGAUUGCACACACGGCUGAGUAUUUGAAUUUUCUAAAGUGCUACUUCAGGGCAUUCUCGGCGAUACUGCUACAAAUUACGAAGCCACAGUUUGUGGACAAUCCAGAGCACAAACUUCGGAAUAUUGUAGUUGAGAUAUUGAAUAGACUUCCACACAGUGAAGUUCUCCGCCCCUUUGUUCAGGACCUCUUGAAGGUUGCCAUGCAAGUGCUUACCACUGAUAAUGAAGAGAAUGGCCUAAUUUGUAUUCGUAUAAUAUUUGACCUUUUGAGGAACUUUAGGCCAACUCUAGAGAAUGAGGUCCAGCCAUUUCUGGAUUUUGUCUGCAAGAUUUACCAAAAUUUUAAACUGACUGUUAGCCAUUUCUUUGACAACAUGGCAAUGAUUGGGGAAGAUGUCAAGCCCAUGGAGACUUCACUUUCUGAUCAAGGUAUAAACACCACCACUGCAACUGGUUCACAGCUUAAUCCAAGUACGCGCUCAUUCAAGAUAGUUACAGAGAGUCCACUGGUGGUGAUGUUUCUGUUUCAAUUAUACAGUCGUCUUGUGCAAGCCAAUAUUCCUCAAUUAUUGCCAUUGAUGGUUGCUGCUAUAUCAGUUCCUGGCCCAGAAAGGGUUCCUCCUCAUUUGAAAACUCAUUUCAUUGAGCUCAAGGGUGCGCAGGUUAAGACGGUUUCCUUUUUAACUUAUUUAUUGAAGAGCUAUGCUGAUUAUAUAAGGCCGCAUGAAGAAAGUAUAUGUAAAAGCAUUGUGAAUUUGCUUGUUACAUGCUCUGAUUCUGUAUCCAUUAGAAAGGAGCUAUUGAUAUCUCUGAAACAUGUCCUUGGAACAGAUUUCAGGAGAGGUUUAUUUCCUCUUAUAGAUACUCUACUGGAAGAAAGGGUUCUAGUUGGGACUGGAAGGGCAUGCUUUGAGACAUUGAGACCCUUGGCUUAUAGUCUUUUGGCAGAGAUUGUACAUCAUGUUCGGCAAGAUCUUUCCUUAUCACAGCUGUCGCGAAUUAUUUACUUAUUCUCAAGUAAUAUGCAUGAUGCUUCUUUAUCACUGAGCAUCCACACCACUUGUGCUCGCUUGAUGUUGAAUCUGGUGGAACCGAUUUUUGAGAAAGGGGUUGAUCAGCAAUCUACAGAUGAAGCAAGGAUUCUAUUGGGCCGCAUUCUGGAUGCUUUUGUUGGGAAAUUCAGUACUUUCAAACGGACAAUUCCCCAGCUUUUGGAGGAAGGUGAGGAAGGAAAGGAUCGUGCUACCUUGAGAUCAAAGCUUGAACUCCAUGUGCAGGCAGUUUUGGCUUUGCAAGUUCCUGUAGAGCAUUCAAAGGAAGUAAAUGAUUGCAAACAUUUGAUAAAAACAUUAGUGAUGGGAAUGAAGACCAUAAUAUGGAGCAUCACCCAUGCGCAUUCCCCUAGGCCUCAGACUCUUGUCUCACCAUCUUCCAAUCUAUCACCACCUCAAGCCUUAAGGGGCAUGAGAGAAGAUGAGGUAUGCAAAGCUUCUGGUGUUUUAAAAAGUGGUGUGCAUUGUUUAGCUCUUUUCAAGGAGAAGGAUGAGGAGAGGGAAAUGAUGCAUCUCUUCUCACAAAUUUUGGCCAUCAUGGAACCUCGAGAUCUGAUGGAUAUGUUCUCUCUGUGUAUGCCUGAGCUUUUUGAUUGCAUGAUCUCCAACAAUCAACUUGUCCAUAUAUUCUCUACCCUUCUAUCAGCCCCAAAAGUGUACCGGCCAUUUGCAGAUGUGCUUGUUAAUUUUCUUGUGAGCGGAAAACUUGAUGCCUUGAAGCAACCAGAUUCACCUGCUGCAAAACUGGUUUUGCAUCUCUUUCGAUUUAUAUUUGGUGCUGUUACCAAAGCACCAGCUGAUUUUGAACGGAUUUUGCAGCCUCAUGCUCCUGUUAUAAUGGAAUUUUGCAUGAAAAAUGCUACCGAAGUAGAAAAACCUCUUGGCUACAUGCAGUUGCUUCGUACAAUGUUCAAGGCACUUUCAGGGUGCAAAUAUGAACUUUUACUCCGUGACUUGGUGCCCAUGUUGCAGCCCUGCCUCAAUAUGCUGCUUGCUAUGUUGGAAGGGCCAACUGCAGAAGAUAUGAGAGAUCUUUUAUUGGAGCUCUGCUUGACCUUACCUGCACGUUUAAGCUCUCUUUUACCAUACCUUUCUCGUCUUAUGAAGCCUUUGGUAUUAUGUCUCAAGGGAAGUGAUGAAUUAGUGAGUCUUGGUCUAAGAACCCUUGAGUUUUGGGUUGAUAGUUUAAAUCCUGAUUUUCUUGAACCCAUUAUGGCUAGUGUUAUGUCUGAGGUGAUUCUUGCCUUGUGGUCUCAUUUAAGACCGGCUCCCUAUCCUUGGGGUGCAAAAGCAUUGCAGCUUCUUGGCAAGUUAGGAGGCCGAAACAGACGAUUUCUCAAGGAACCUCUCGCACUUGAGUGUAAGGAGAAUCCUGAGCACGGGCUUCGCCUGAUUUUGACAUUUGAGCCUGCAACUCCAUUCUUGGUGCCACUUGAUCGAUGCAUAAAUCUUGCUGUGGAAGCUGUAAUGAAUAAAAAUUGUGGUAUGGAUGCUUUCUAUCGGAAGCAAGCUCUAAAAUUUCUUCGGGUGUGCCUGUCAUCUCAGCUCAAUUUGCCUGGAAAUGUUGCUGAUGAUGGAUCUACGUCGAAGCAAUUAUCUGCAUUGUUAGUUUCUACAGUUGAUCAAACAUCGCGGAGGUCUGAGUUAAUGGAUGUCAAGGCCGACUUAGGUGUAAAGACAAAGACCCAACUUAUGGCUGAGAAGUCUGUUUUUAAAAUUCUUUUGAUGACUGUCAUUGCUGCCAAUGGUGAGACAGAUCUCACAGAUCCCACAGAUGAUUUUGUUGUCAAUAUAUGUCGACAUUUUGCAGUAAUAUUUCACAUUGAUUCUACAUCUAGCAAUGUAUCAGUAGCAGCACUUGGGGGUUCAUCACUCUCAAAUAACGUUCAUGUUGGUUCUAGGCUAAAAAGCAAUGCUUGUUCAAAUUUGAAGGAGCUGGACCCCCUAAUAUUCUUGGAUGCUUUAGUUGAAGUACUAGCAGAUGAAAACAGGCUUCAUGCCAGAGCUGCUCUUGCGGCUUUAAAUGUGUUUGCAGAAACACUUGUAUUUCUUGCUCGUUCAAAGCAUACUGACUUCAUAAUGUCCAGAGGGCCAGGUACACCUAUGAUUGUCUCUAGUCCAUCAAUGAAUCCUGUAUAUUCUCCACCUCCUAGUGUUCGUGUACCUGUAUUUGAACAACUGUUACCUCGUCUUCUGCACUGUUGCUAUGGGCUUACAUGGCAAGCUCAAAUGGGUGGCGUCAUGGGACUUGGUGCUUUGGUUGGAAAGGUCACUGUUGAGACUCUAUGCCUUUUUCAAGUAAGAAUUGUGCGUGGUCUAAUAUAUGUUCUUAAAAAGCUUCCCAUAUAUGCUAGCAAGGAGCAAGAGGAGACAAGUCAAGUGCUUACUCAAGUUCUUCGAGUGGUAAAUAAUGUUGAUGAAGCUAACAGUGAGGCACGUAAGCAGAGCUUUCAAGGAGUUGUUGAUUUUCUCGCUCAAGAAUUGUUCAACCAGAAUGCAUCUAUCACUGUGAGAAAGAAUGUACAAUCAUGCUUGGCACUUUUAGCUAGCAGGACUGGUAGUGAGGUGUCAGAAUUACUAGAGCCACUAUAUCAGCCUUUUCUCCAGCCUCUUAUUGUGCGAUCACUCAAGUUGAAGACUGUUGAUCAACAGGUUGGAACAGUUACAGCAUUGAAUUUCUGUCUAGCAUUGAGGCCACCUCUUCUCAAGUUGACACCAGAGUUAGUUAACUUCCUGCAAGAAGCCUUGCAAAUAGCAGAAUCUGAUGACACUGCCUGGGUUGCUAAGUUUAUCAACCCUAAAGUGAUGACAUCAUUGACUAAACUUCGUACUGCUUGCAUUGAACUGCUUUGUACAACAAUGGCAUGGGCUGAUUUUAAAACUCAAAACCACUCCGAGUUGCGUGCCAAGAUUAUUUCAAUGUUUUUCAAGUCUUUAACCUGUCGGACUCCAGAAAUUGUUGUUGUUGCAAAAGAGGGCCUGCGGCAGGUUAUUAAUCAAAGGAUGCCCAAAGAACUUCUACAAAGCAGCCUUAGGCCUAUAUUGGUGAAUUUAGCACACACAAAAAAUCUUAGUAUGCCUCUUCUGCUUGGUCUUGCUCGCCUGCUUGAACUGUUAUCGAACUGGUUUAAUGUUACUUUGGGUGGAAAACUUCUAGAGCAUCUCAAGAGGUGGUUGGAGCCUGAGAAGUUGGCACAAAGUCAGAAGUCGUGGAAGGCUGGUGAAGAACCAAAAAUUGCUGCAGCUAUAAUUGAGCUUUUUCAUUUGCUUCCUCCCGCUGCCUCAAAGUUCCUGGAUGAACUUGUAACCUUGACAAUUGAUUUGGAAGGAGCUCUACCCCCAGGACAAGUAUAUAGUGAAAUCAAUAGUCCAUAUCGCCUUCCACUCACAAAGUUUUUAAAUAGAUAUGCAUCCCUUGCAGUAGACUAUUUUCUUGCUCGAUUAAGUGAACCAAAGUAUUUCAGGCGUUUCAUGUAUAUAAUUCGUUCAGAAGCUGGCCAACCAUUAAGAGAUGAACUUGCAAAAUCACCACAAAAGAUACUUGCAAGCGCAUUCUCUGAAUUUCUUCCCAAAUCUGAUGUGACAAUGACUCCAGCAUCCACAAGUACACAUACUACUUUAUUAGGUGAAGAAAGUGUUGCACCAUCGACUGAUGCUUCUAAUCAACCUGCUCCUCCUCCCAGUACAACAUCUGAUGCUUACUUUCAGGGAUUAGCACUUAUAAAAACCCUUGUUAAAUUAAUCCCUGGUUGGUUACAAAGUAAUCGUAGUGUGUUUGAUACAUUGGUACUUGUUUGGAAGUCACCUGCAAGAAUAUCUCGCUUGCAAAAGGAACAGGAGCUUAACCUAGUGCAAGUUAAAGAAAGUAAAUGGCUUGUCAAAUGCUUUCUUAAUUACUUGAGACAUGACAAAAACGAAGUGAACGUUCUCUUUGAUAUACUUACCAUAUUCUUAUUUCACAGUCGGAUUGACUACACAUUCCUGAAGGAGUUUUACAUUAUUGAGGUUGCAGAAGGUUAUCCUCCAGGCAUGAAAAAGGCUCUUUUACUGCAUUUUCUCAGCCUUUUCCAAUCAAAACAACUUGGUCACGACCAUUUGGUUACUGUGAUGCAAAUGCUUAUUCUUCCUAUGCUUGCACAUGCCUUUCAAAAUGGUCAAAGUUGGGAAGUUGUUGAUCCUGGUAUUAUAAAGACAAUUGUUGAUAAACUUCUUGAUCCUCCAGAGGAGGUUUCUGCUGAGUAUGAUGAGCCAUUAAGAAUAGAACUACUGCAGCUUGCCACCUUGCUUCUUAAAUAUCUUCAGAAUGAUCUUGUCCAUCACAGGAAGGAACUGAUAAAGUUUGGGUGGAAUCAUCUUAAGCGAGAAGACACAGCCAGCAAACAAUGGGCAUUUGUGAAUGUUUGCCAUUUCUUGGAGGCAUAUCAAGCCCCUGAAAAAAUAAUACUCCAGGUUUUUGUUGCUCUUCUCAGGACUUGCCAACCGGAAAAUAAAAUGUUGGUCAAGCAAGCUCUUGACAUUCUAAUGCCAGCACUGCCACGACGUUUGCCCCUUGGUGAUUCUCGAAUGCCCAUAUGGAUAAGAUACACUAAGAAAAUCCUUGUAGAAGAAGGUCAUUCAAUUCCCAAUCUUAUUCACAUAUUCCAACUUAUAGUCCGGCAUUCCGAUCUCUUCUAUAGCUGCAGAGCACAAUUUGUUCCUCAGAUGGUGAAUUCUCUUAGCCGGCUUGGAUUGCCUUAUAAUACCACAGCAGAAAACAGACGACUUGCCAUUGAACUUGCUGGAUUAGUUGUUAACUGGGAGAGGCAAAGACAAAAUGAGAUGAAAGUUGUUACCGAUUCUGAUGCACCCAACCAAAUCAAUGAUGUCUUUAAUCCUAGCUCAGCUGAUUCUAAGCGAUCUGUGGAUGGGUCUACAUUUCCUGAAGAUACAACUAAGCGAGUAAAAGCAGAACCUGGCCUGCAAUCCAUGUGUGUCAUGUCACCUGGAGGUCCUUCAUCAAUAACUAACGUAGAAACCCCUGGAUCUGCCACUCAACCUGAUGAAGAAUUUAAACCAAAUGCUGCAAUGGAGGAAAUGAUUAUCAAUUUUCUUAUCAGAGUGAGGCUUACUUCUAGCCUGCUUUCUUACGUUUUUUAUGGUGAUGAUGCCAUUUGGCUAAUUCAUUGCAAGAUAAUUUAACAUCUUGGAAACACA